UGUUUAGUUUUAUCAUUAACGUUUUUAAAUUUAAGUGAAAAUAUUUUGUAAAAAUACUGCGGGAUGUACGUUGGCGUGACGUAAUCGUUGUUGUUUUCCCAGUUCGAUCAUUUACAUUCAAAAGUAAAAAGAAGCUAACGUUAGCUAGUUAGCAAUUUCAGUUUUUUAGAGACACUUUUCAACCAACGAUACUUGAAUACGUUUUGGAGAUAAAUGCUAUAGAAUAUAAGCGUGUAACUUGUUUAGCCUAUGUUGCUGACUAUAAGUUAACUUUGGUGGUACUUUAUCGUUAGCCUUACUAACUUAAGCCAGCUGGCAUGCUCCUCAAAAGAUGCCCAGUACAAGCUCUAAACAACAUCAAUGAACAUAAUACGAGGAGUUGCUGAAAUAUUAGUGGAUGUAACUGUUGUAAAUGGACGAAGGGAAAGUAAAUGGAAGAGCUUCAGCAUGUUUCCCCUGGUCAAAUGAUAAAUGGUGGUGAUUCUCUGGAUGCCAUCCCACUGUCUGUCUCUAGCAGCUUCAAGAUGGACAGCACAGCAAAACAGUGGGCCACACUAACACCUCCUAUACCAGCAGCAGAGUUUCCUGUGAAUGACCCGAGUGGCUGCACCAUCCAGAGGCAGAGGAGGGAGCUCCAGCUGCUGAUGGCGGAGCUGAAGGACAGGGAAAGGGAGCUGAACACUAUGGCUGCCUCCCAUCACAAGCAUCUUCUUGCCUGGGAACAAGACCGGCAGAGGGUGCUCGCCUUGGAGCAAAGCUGUGCCCGUUUCGAAGAUGAGUUGCAGAAGCGUAACAAGGUGAUCAGAGUCCUGACUAAGCGUGUGUGGGUGGUGGAAACCAGAGAGGAGGAGGUCCAGAAGGAGCUCAGCUUAGCCAAACAGAAGCUCUGUGAGCAGCAGAACAUCAGUCAAAAAUGUCAAGACUUUGAGGAGAAGAACCAGAGUCUGAACUCCACUGUCAUGGUGCUGUCCACUCAAGUAGGCUCUCUGCAGGUCAGGGAGGAAGAACUGAGUUCCAUGCUCAAACUCAAGGAGAAAGAUUUAGUUGAGGCCUCUGUUCAUGUGGUCGACCUCACAGCGAGGCUAAGAGAUCUGGAGACGUCGCUAACGGAGAGUCGCUCCCGAGAGAGCAAACUCCAGAGAGACUCAGAGGAAAACAAACGUCGCUGCAAAGAGGCCAGGCAUGAGAUCACACACCUUAAAGAGGAUCUGCAGCAGCAGGUCACACAGAGCAGCACUCAGAGGGAAGAGAUCAUCCGUCUGAAACAGGAGCUCCAGCUGCUGCACAGAGAUCUGGCCUUGUCAGGUGAGGGAGACAGCUGGAGAGACGAGCUGCUGGAACUGGCUCGCUCCAAACAGGAACGCACCAUGUCAGAGCUGCACUGCAUACAGCAGGUGUGCGAUAAUCAGCGCAAUGACCUGCAGCUGCUGCAGUUAAACCUGGAGAGUACCCGGGAUAUUCUGCGGGAGAAGACCAGUCAGGGAAUACCGGGCAGUCAGGAGGAGUUGAGGUGUCUCUGUGUGGACAGACGGUCUCCUCCAUCACUCAGAGUGAAGAACUCCAGACUUUUAAAUGAUGCCCCCUCUCCACCAGCCAAUCUGCACACCAGGGUUCACAGUGACCUGCAAGACUUCUCUGCGCACUCCAUUGAUGGUGAUGAUCCUCUGUCCAGCUGUUCUCUGCAGCAGAUGUUAAAUGAGUCCAAGCAGGUCACUUGCUCUGUUCACAGUAACAGUGUUCACACUAUGAGCUGUGGGACCACUGAACCCCUUUACUCACAUAAGAGCCCGCCAUCCCACAAUGACCACCAUCACCACCACCACACAGUCUCCCCGAUCUACAAGGCCACUGACUCCACCCAAAGCCUGCCCUCGUCACCACUGGCCAUUUGGAAGGCUUGAUUUUGACUGAAGCACUUGUAUUUUUAUUAAAAACUCUAGUAUUGACCAAAUCUUUUAAAAUCAGUGUUACUACAGAACAUAUAUGCUAAAGGUUGAACUCUCUCUCAGGAAAAUAAUGAAGGAAUAAAAGCGAUUUAUGUCAUGAAUUUCUAACUUUUGAAAGCAUUA